CCUUAUUUGUUUUCAUUUACAGUUUUUAACAUUCCUAUAGUUUCUAUAUUUUAUGUUUUAAUUGAGUCUAAUCGAAAUGCCUUCUAAAAGAGAGAAACAGCGUCGUAAGACAUCGUUCAAGACAUUUGGAGCAUUCCUAACGUCCCACAUGAUGCGGAAAUUUACUCGGAAAAAAUACAAAAAGUCCGCUGUUGAUAAUGACGCACUUGAAGCCGGAUUUAUUGAUCAUAACAGUCAUCAUAGGUCAGAUGGAAAUCUUCCUCAAAAUGGAAAUACAAAUGGACAGAAUAAUUUAAAAAAUAAUGGGAUUUCAAGCGAAACUGUGUCUUUGAGUGGUAAAGGAGCUUACUCUACUUCAUUGAAUGGUACUUUUGCGCCACCUGGUGUAUGCGGACUCGCUAAUCACGGUUCAACAUGCUAUAUUAAUGCUAUUGUGCAGUGUUUAAGCAACACUGACUUGAUAGCUGAAUACUUUGUUAUGGGACAAUACAGAGCGGAUUUAAAAAACGCUCGGAAAGAGCGAAGUAAAAAGUACGGUACGAAUGGCGAACUUGCGGACCAAUUAGCUCUUCUUAUAAAAAGUUUAUGGAUGAAUAAUUAUGAUGUUUCCAUGACGAAAGGGCUGAAAGAUAUAAUGUGCAAGUAUGCUUCGCAAUACAAAGGCUGCUACCAACAUGAUUCUCAAGAGUUUCUUUUAUGGCUUUUUGAUAAAGUCCACGAGGAUUUGAACAUACAACCUGUGAAAAAGUCGUUUUCUUUAUCACGUGCAUCGUUUCGACGGAAAAAGAAAGUUGCUGAUCCUGCGAAGAUGAGCGCAGAAGCAAAAGACAUUCAAGCUCAAUUAGAUAUUGUGCCAACUAGUUUUGUUCAGAAAGUUUUCCAAGCGCAUUUUCGGUCGACAUUGACAUGUCCGAAUUGUAAACGUCAGAGUCACACAAACGAUCCUUUUUUGUGUGUUUCAUUGCCGAUAACUCAGAGAACAACUCGAGCGAUUUACGUUAACGUAGCGUACUUAAAUAGCUCGAAAAGGAAAGGCGAAGGGAGAAAAAAGCAUCACGCUUCACCGAGGAUAGUGCAACAAAUCGCUGUUGCAGUUGCUUUGGAUGGAAAAGUGCUUCAGUUACGACAACUCGUCGCUGCUGAAUGUGGAAUUCAUUCAAGAUUGCUGACAUUUGUCGAAUAUGGGGAAGAUGGGUUUGGACAGUCGUAUGGUGAUGAUAUGCUAGUCAGUAAAAUACCUCAAGUUUCCCACACAGUGUCUAAAUUGUACGCAUUGGAAAUGCCGGCGCCAAUGAAAAUGACAGCUGGGACUUUGCCGAGAAAUUUCGCUAGUCGACAUAAAAAACGUGCAAGUUUCGGUGACGGAGUCAGCAUAACGAAAGAUGUGCUUACAUCCCCAGAUGGCGCUACUGCAUUGCCGAAGAACGUGGUCAUCGUUUUAGUGAAUAAAAAAAUUGAUGGAAAGAAUUCGAAAGUAUUUGGACGUCCACUGAUUUUCCAUGUUUCAAAAGAUGUUUUAAACGAAGAUUUACGCUCUUUAAUCAUCACAAAACUGUCAGAAUUUACUAAAAAGGUGAAUACAGAAAAAAUAUUAUCGGUAAUGAAACUACAUGUAGUUGACGGUCUUCCGAAUAAGUCUUUAAUCUCACAGAAGUCUCAGCAGCCAUUGUUGGCCCCCACAGCAGAAACUGCACUUCAAAACUGCCCAGCUGGUGGUCCAUUACAUAUAAAACUCAUUGCAGAAUGGGAAAAAGAUGAUUAUUGCACAAUAUUUGAAGAUAUUGCGCAAGAUACGAUUGAGGAGCAAGAAAGUGUGCGAUUACAAAGGCUGAUCCAUCAACAACCUGUAACUUGUACUUUGCAAGAAUGUUUUGAUUUACUUACAAAACCAGAAGAGUUAGGAAUUGAGGAUUCCUGGGAUUGCCCACACUGCCAUAAAGCUAAACAAGGGACAGUCAAAAAACUAAGUCUAUAUACAUUACCAGAUGUUCUAAUCGUGCAUUUAAAACGUUUUCAAGCCGUUAACGACAAAAGGAAUAAGUUGAAUACGAGAGUUUGAUUUCCUAUAAUGGGACUCGAUAUGUCUCCGUACUUACUAGAAUCCUCAAGGCCUAAACUAUCAAAAUGGCGGUGCUGGCAUCACUUAAAUGGACUUCGUAACCAUCAUGUCAAAAACGAAGAAUGUCUGUACGAUUUAUACGCGGUUUGCAACCAUUUCGGCAACUUGAAUUCUGGGCAUUAUACAGCAAGUUGCUUGAAUCCGUUAGAUGGGCAAUGGUAUAAUUUCGACGACCGCAAAACUGAAGUUGUUUCGGAGGAGAACUUAUCACAACAGUCGGUUUAUAUUCUAUUCUAUCAGCGGCGUUCAAUCAACCCGUCUGCUCCUUGCGCUGGGGGAUCUGUCAGUUCUCUUGCUACAUCAGACCACUGGGCUUUGAGCUUACAACAACCUACAAGACAAAAAGCCAGUUCGCAGAGUCGUCUUAACGAAUAUGCAGUCAAUAGCCCGAUGAAAAGCCAAACUGUGUUGCCAGUAUCUAAUGGUAUCAAAAAGCAUCAAAGCCAAAAGGUAAUAAAAGAAGUUCAGGGUUCAAAAAUGCCUAAUGGACAUGCAAGCUCAUCUGUACAUAAAGAUAAAGAGGAGGUUGAAAAAACAUCCUAUAGUCCGAAGUCACCUAGUGGAGAGAAUCGAAUGAGUCCGAAUCUAUCAAACGGGGCGAUCCACAGCAGCCCACAAUCGCCAAAUGGGGGGUUAAAAAUAUCAAACGAAAAUAAUAAUUCUAACCGCAGAGUUGAAUAUUCCCAACAGGCUCCAAAAUCCUCGUAUCGAGACACUCCAAAGCUGCACCCUAGUGGCAGAAGAUACUCCGGAGGGUACGACUUGUAUCGCAAAGAGAAGGAGCUUUUGAUGGGAAGUAGACGAAAUGAGAAAGAAAGAAACAGUAUUAAAAAUCGACAGUAUUUUUCACCCCAGUUAGAUCAACGGCAUUUGGACAUGAAUGGAUAUACAAACGGAGAUUUUUCGAAUCCUCAUUUACAAUAUCAGGAAAGGGAUAUGCCCGUUGGAUAUAACCGAAAACAAGCAUACAAUGGGGUUCCAGUUUGGAAUUACCCCCAAAUAUCACCCCAAGUGUCUUCUCCGAGUUAUGAACCUGUUUUUGACCCCUAUGAUCCUUUUGUUCGGGGCGUACCGAGGCAACAAUCAGUGCCGAGGUCGAUAUCGAAAGCGGAAAGGGCUCCUGUAAAUACAAGACGGUUAUCGGAGAGGUAUCAUAGGACUAGGCCCUCAAGUCAGUAUGAACCUUACACUGAUACUUAUAAAAGGACAACUUACUUUUGAAUAAAAAGUCGUUGCAACUAGGCUGGUAAGAAUUAAACACUAUAGCAGUGGUUCCCCAAUGGGGCCCGUAACCCAACAAAAGAGCCACAGGGCAAUUGAAUGGGGGCCACCAUGCCAGGCACAAAACCUAUUUUACGUUUACUAGAAAUCUCCCUGUUCUUCUUAGUUUCAUUGCUUGAUAAGGUUAUUUCACAGGUUAUUUUCACUUUGUUGAGAAUGAAUUGUUUGAACAUAAUGGGAUUUGGAAUCUACCAAUCAAAAUAACACUUUAUUAAAUACUACUGGAAUAAUAAACAGGGGCCAUGAGUGCUGAAAGUCUCCGGAAGGGGGCCAGAAGACAUUAUAGGUUGGGUACCAAUGUAGCAGAGCCCAGGGAUGUUUAAACCGAAUCAAAUAUUGGAAUACAUUUGAAUUUCAUUAUAUUCGAUAGUAAAUUUUUGAAUUUAAGAAUAAUUCUGAUCAGUGAUUCUCAAAAUUUUCAAGUCCUGCCCCCUUUUGGACUAAAAUACAAAUAACAGAUAGUAAGUUAAAAGCAGUGCUCCCUCUAAGGUGUGCGCACGCACACAGCUUUCAGAGGCUGCGCACACGCAUAGAUUUACUGCGCACAGGCGUAUUUC